CGCAGUGCUCCCGCUACCGCAGUGAGCGCCGGGAAGGCCCGCUGCUGCGGGGCGGGCUUACAGCCGGAGUCUCCCCUGGAGAAAUUCAGAACCGGCCUGCUUGCUUUCCCAUGUAAGGCAGCGUUGGGAGCCUGCUCCUGCAGGCCUUGGAGCCCCUGCGGUUCUGCGAUCCUGACAGAACGGCCUUUCUCUGUUCGCGAGUCUCCAUCACGGAGCAGCGCCGUUCUUAUCAUCUGGGCUGUGGCUCUGUCAGAGGAGCGCGGUGCGCGAGCACAUUGUCACCAGCGUGAUUUCUGCAAGCAGUAGGCUGCAGAUCAGAAGGCUUAUUCACUUUCCUUGUAAUGUCCAAACAGAUCUCCACAUUUCAUCUUGUGGGACGCAAGGAAAAAGUUAACGUUUGUGAUGGAAGAAAUUCCUCCAUCACCCCACAGCAUGGACGCAGACGCUCUACAGAAGCUUAUUCAUUUGCUCAAGGCCACAGAUGAUCCAUUAAUUCAGGAGCAAGCUUUAAUCACUCUUAGUAACAGUGCUGCCUUCUCUGUAAAUCAAGAUAUAAUUCGAAAUUUGGAUGGCCUUUCUGUAAUUGGAGGGAUGCUCUUGGAUUGUGUUCCCACAGUUAAAGAAAAAGCACUAAAUGCACUUAAUAAUUUGAGUAUGAAUAUUAAAAAUCAGGAAGAGAUACAGGUAUAUAUUAUGCAAGUUUGUAAGAACAUUGAAUCAGCUCCUCUGAACUCUGAUCUGCAGCUAGCUGGACUCCGAUUGUUGACAAACAUGUCUGUUACCAACGACUAUCAUUAUAAGAUGAUAAACAAGAUUCCAUGCUUUCUUCAUUUGCUUUCAGAAGGAUCUGAAAGGACACAGAUACAAGUUUUGAAAGUCCUUGUGAACUUGUCUGCAAACCCAGCUACAACAAGACAUUUUCUCAAAGCUCAAGUGCCAUCACUGUUGUUACUCUUUGACAACUGCAUGAACACAGAUAUUCUGCUCAGAGCCCUGGUAUUUGCAGCAAAUUUGAAAAAGAACAUGAACAGUGAAGACAGCAUCAUGAUAGAGGAUGAAUACAGUGAAGACUCUGUUUUCUCUAUACUCUGCAGGGAUUCUACUGCAUUUGCUCAGAAGCUGGCAUCUUUACUGCAUCACCCUGACACAGAUGUGAAAGAGCAAGUUGUGAGACUACUAACACAGUAGUAAUUUACUAGUGACUGACAAAUAUCUUAAGAUUAGAUAUUAAAAAAAUGCUGAAUAUUGCUAUUGUACUUGGCAAUCAAUCACAAGAGACUCUAUGUUAAACAGACUGCGGAGUAUAACAGAUUUCUUGUAAAAAGCAAGAUAAGAAACAGGUUACUUAGCACUGAGAAACCACUAUACAACUGGUAUAUGUAAACAGAGGGAGGCACACUUUAAAGCACGAAAGCUUUUACAUGUACAAUGAACAUUUUAAAUUCAUGAAUAAGGUCUAUCUAGAUAUUCUUAAGGUUAGAAUUUUCGUGCCUUAGAUAUUUACAGCUGUUGAAUAAGCAUCUCUAUAAUGAUGCAUUAAAGAUUCAGCAAUCAGAGCUUAGUUGUUUCCAUUUUAUUACUGGUACCUGUUAAACAGCAGCUAUUUAGUUUUUUUUAGUUUUAGUUGAAAAACAGUGCCAGUAUUUUCAAUGAAAAGUGCAUAUUAAAAUUAUGUAGUCAUAUGUUUAGUACAUCUAUUCCAUUUAGUUGAAGUACAGUGCAGUCAGACACAACAUGAAACGUUUCUAUACUUUAGCAAAAUCAAAGGAUUUUUAUCUCCCUUAGAGGACUGAUAGCUUUAAAUGAAAGCAUACAUGCUUUUCAAAUUACAUUACCGCAUCUCUGUAUUAUCUUUGUUAAAAGAAGCCAGGAAGAGCAAUAUCAUUCACAUUUUUACAAAAGCUUCUGUUCUGUAGCAGCCCUCCAGCCUGUGUGGAGAGGCUUUAUGAGAGCUCAUGGGAGAGUUCUGUUCCUGGAAUGUUAUCAGAACAAGUGCUUCUGUUGAGUUAGCCCCCAUAUAUUUUCACUCACCUCUGCAGCAUUAAUUCAAAGUUAAAUGGAACAUCAAAACAUUGCAAAGGAAACUGGAGGAAGUUUCAUUGAUGAGCAAAGAACAUGUAGUAGAAAAUACUGUAUACCAAAACAAGACUACUAAAACUUCCAGAAUGCCACAUUAUGAAGACACUGUGUAUUAGUAUUAUUAUUAUUAUUUUUUUUUUUUAAGAGAAAUGCAUUACCUAAACUGUGACCAGAUGCUUCAUCUUUAAGUUAAUACACACACUCAACUGUUAAUAAAAUACUACCUUUUUCUUUC